AUGCUGAAACAGAGCUUUUCUUCGCUUUUCAGAAAACCCCUGACCGCAGGCUGGACUUGCGCAAGUUGUCGCAAACAACUAGUACUUCCUGGACCCAACGUCUUCCGUAAGCCCAUUCCCCGGCAAUAUGGCAGCGCAGCAGGACCCUCGCCUACCGCCCCAAAGGUGAAAUCGCGGCGACGGACAGCAGUGCUCUUGGCGACUAGCGGCGGAGCGGCAACGGCCCUGUACCUAUCGUUCGGGGACGACAUCAAGAGCGGAUGCCAAGCGGCUGUGCGGACCGGGAGGGUGGCCUCAACACUUGUUCUUUGCAUUAAUGAUUACCGGACCACACUGAAUCAGCGAGAUGGGAUCCAAGACGCAGAGGAGAGGGAGAUCGUUCUCAAGGCUUGCCAUAAGCGAUGCGCCUUGAGGACGCUAAGGGUGCUUGAGAAAAAUGGCGGAAUAUUCAUCAAGCUCGGGCAACACCUGAGUGCCAUGAACUACCUCCUUCCCGCGGAAUGGACGACGACCUUCAUACCCCUUCAAGACAAGUGCCCGGUGUCUUCGUUCGAGUCGAUUGAGGAAAUGUUCAAGAGGGAUACCGGCGAGGAGUUAUGGGACUACUUCUCCGAGUUCUCGCGAGAGCCUAUCGGAGCUGCAUCCCUUGCACAAGUCCAUCUGGCGACAAUCAAGGAGACAGGGCAAAAGGUGGCGGUGAAAGUUCAGCAUCCGAGCCUAAAACAAUUCGCAAGGUUGGACAUGUCGCUCACCAGCUUCACCUUUUCGGCACUCAAGCGCUUCUUUCCCGAGUACGACCUAGAGUGGCUGUCGUCCGAGAUCGAGGUCUCACUACCGCAGGAGCUGAACUUCCAAUGCGAGGCGGCGAACGCCAUUCGUACGAAGGACUAUUUUUCCCGCAUCCCUGAGAUACCUCUCGUUAUCCCCGACGUGAUCUGGGCCAAGAAGCGCAUCCUCGUCAUGGCUUGCGAGACGGGGCGUCGCCUCGACGACCUCUCGUAUCUCGAUUCGAAUGGGAUUGACCGUGACGAGGUGUCCGCCACGCUGGCGCGUAUAUUCAACGAGAUGAUUUUCGGCGACGGAGCGCCGUUGCACUGCGACCCGCACGGUGGCAACAUCGCGAUCCGCAAGAACGAGGCACGGCGAGGAGCCAAUUUUGACAUCAUCCUCUACGAUCACGGCUUGUACAGGGACAUACCGCAGGCGCUGCGGCGCUCGUACGCAAAAAUGUGGCUCGCCGUGAUCGACGGCGACAUGGAACGGAUGAAGAAGUACGUGGGCGAAGUGGCGGGCGUCGGCGAGGACAAGUUCCCGCUGUUCGCCUCGGCCAUCACCGGGCGGGAUUUCAGCGUGGUGAGCUCGUCCAUCAUGAAGCCCAGGGACCCAAGCGAGCAAAAGACUAUGAGCGGGGCGCUGCAGGAGGGUCUGCUCGUGGACCUGGUGCAGAUGCUGGGCCAGGUGCCGCGCAUCAUCCUCCUCAUCCUCAAAACCAACGAUCUCACUCGCAGCCUGGACGAGAACCUGCAGACGCGGCAGGGUCCCGUGCGGCAGUUCCUCAUCCUGGCGCAGUACUGCAUGCGGACCGUGUACCACGAGCAACUCGAUGAGAUCCGCCACCGCGGGUCGCUGUACUGGCCGCCCAACGCGCUCCGCGUGUUUGCGGCCUGGUUGGGGCUCGUGAGGGUGCGCUUGAAGCUGGAGGCGUUUGAGCUGUGGAUCAGCAUCAAGCGCAUGUGUGGUUAUCAGAACGGGAUAUACUUGGGUGGGAUGGCAUAG